AUGGCGCCGCUCGACCACGAAGCGUUGAAAACUGUAGUGUCCACACUGGCACAGAAACUUGAUUCACUGGGCAUCGACUAUGCCAUUAUUCCAGACCCAACUCGAAGGACCGAAGACGUUGACCUUGUCAUUCACGUUAAUUAUCUCGGCCAGUUCGGACACGCGAUCCCCGCGUACAAGCUUUGCCGGCCAGGAGCAGCACCGUUGUUGGUGGAGCUGGAAGUUUUUGACUUUGCGAGUUGGCCGCAACGUCCUCAGUACAACAUCCAGGCAGCUACACGGAUGACCCUAAACAUCAAUGGCCAAGCGAUCAAGUUAUUUGGUCCUGAAUGGAUUCUGCGAGAGAAGAUUUUAUCCCAGUAUCAACGCCAAGGUGGUCAUAAAGAAGAAGUUGAUAUUGGUGAUAUCAGCAAUAUGAUCCCCUUGGCUAUAGCCGGCAGACCAGAGCUCGACUUCAACCAAAACCAAGAGCUUCAUGUCGCCCUGGAGAAUCUUUUGCAAAAAAGACCUGAUUUGACUCAGACUCUAAAAGCAAAGAUCAAAUGCAGCGCUGUUUUCGAAACUAGUUAA